UUGGUUCAGCAACUUGCCAGCUUCUGCUCCUUCAAAAACUGAAAUAUAAAUUUGAUUUCCAUUUUGGAUUUUGACACACGUGACGGAAAUUUCGGUGUUGGCGCAACUGGCAACGUUCAGGAUUCCCCCAUCCCCCAUUUCAAAGAAUCCCCAGUAGAAUUAUAUCAAUUUGUUGUUUUAUCAAAUUUGUUAGGAAAUAUGGAACAGAACACCGAUGUGGAGAAGGCCGAUACCCUUAAAGAAGAAGGAAAUGAAUUUUUUAAAAAACAAAACUACGUUAAAGCCAUAACGCUCUACACUAAUGCCAUAGAGUGCAAUCCUACCUCAGCUGUUCUGUAUGCCAACAGAAGUUUUGCCUAUUUAAGGACAGAAUGCUUCGGUUAUGCCUUAGAAGAUGCAUCAAAAGCCAUCAGCUUGGAUAAAACAUAUGUUAAAGGCUACUAUAGAAGAGCUGCAUCAUACAUGGCUUUGGGGAAAACCAAAUUGGCCCUAAAAGAUUAUGAUACUGUUUUCAAAGCCAGACCAAAUGAUAAGGAUGCAAAAUUGAAGUUUAACGAGUGCAACAAAAUUGUCAAGCAGCAGGCAUUUGAGAGGGCAAUCGCUGUUGAUACUGUAAAGAAAUCAGUGUCGGAAUCUAUCAAUACUGAUUCCAUGACUGUUGAAAGUACUUACACUGGUCCUCAUUUGGUAAAUGGAAAAGUCACAUUGGAAUUCAUGCAAGAACUCAUGGAAGCAUACAAAGAUCAAAAGAAACUCCACAGAAAAUAUGCCUUCCAAAUACUAUUAGAUGUAGCAGAGUUGUUCAAAGCUCAGCCAUCGCUUAUUGAUGUAACCAUACCUGAGGACAGCAAGUUCACAGUGUGUGGGGACAUUCAUGGGCAAUUUUAUGAUCUCAUGAACAUAUUCAAGCUCAAUGGGGCCCCGUCAACGGAAAACCCAUUCCUUUUUAAUGGCGACUUCGUUGAUCGAGGUUCCUUCUCGGUAGAGUGCAUCUUUACGUUGUUUGGAUUUAAAUUACUCUAUCCUAAUCACUUUUUCAUGGCGCGCGGUAACCACGAAAGUCAAACCAUGAACCAAAUGUAUGGAUUUGAAGGCGAAGUCAAGUCAAAAUAUUCGUCGCAAAUGGCUGAACUUUUCACGGAAGUUUACAAUUGGCUUCCGUUGUGUCAUUGCCUCAAUCAGCGAGUUCUGGUGAUGCAUGGCGGGCUUUUUUCCCGGGAUGGUAUAACCUUGGAAGACAUCCGUACAACGGAUCGUAAUCGUCAGCCACCGGAAGAAGGGAUCAUGUGCGAACUGCUAUGGUCUGAUCCUCAGCCGAUGAAAGGGCGUUCUCCUUCUAAACGAGGUGUGGGAAUCCAGUUCGGUCCAGACGUCACAGCACGAUUUUUGGAGCACAAUCACCUUGAUUACAUAAUUCGCAGUCACGAAGUCAAAGCGGAUGGCUACGAAGAAGCCCACGACGGAAAAUGCAUCACCGUUUUCUCCGCCCCCAACUAUUGUGAUACCAUGGGCAACAAAGGGGCAUUCAUUACCAUGAAUGGCAAGGAUAUGAAGCCUCACUUCACCACUUAUGAGGCCGUCCCUCAUCCGGAUGUCAAACCGAUGGCCUAUGCCAAUUCAAUGAUGAGUCUGUUCGGUUAA